GAUUUAACAACGCAGCGGAACACAAUGAUGACUCUCCUUCUCUGACGGAACUUUAUAGUGGGACACCAGUCGGAAGUGUUUUUUUUUUCCUUUCUUUUCCAAACUCGUGAGUAGUGUUGUUGUGUUUUUAUGUUUGUGGACUAAGCUGGAAUAAGGCUGUGUCGUGUCUUCGUGUCCCAGAUAAAUAUUUGAGCUGUUGAAGUAACAAUGUCUGGAGGCGAGAGUUUGAAAACAUUGAUCAUCGAGCGACUAACUGCUGCUGCUGAAGAAAUAUUCGGACUAUUUGAAAAAACUGUCGUUCAGUACGAGGAAGAGAUCGAUCGUCAUCGCAGGCGGCUGGAUAUCGCCUGGAAACCAGAGAUAAAGUUACACAGAAUAGACCUACCACAGCAACAUGUCUGCACAGAGGAGGAGGUUCCCACUGACCAGCAGCUCUGUAACCAGGAGAGGAAUUCCAGUUUGGAGGAACCUGAACCUCCACAGAUAAAAGAGGAACAGGAGGAACCAGAACCUCCACAGAUAAAAGAGGAACAGGAGGAACCAGAACCUCCACAGAUUAAAGAAGAACAGGAGGAACUCUGCAGUAUUCAGCAGGAAGGACAUCUUAUACUGAACCAGGAGACUGGUUCCCCAGAUCACAUAGGAAGCAAGCAUGUAGACUCAGGAUCAACAACAAAUGCAGAGCUGGAUCCAAAGGAGAGACGUCACAGAGACGCAAGUCACACUAGCAAUGUAGACAACUCUCCUGUGUCAGAGAGUCAGUGCGGUACUAACACAGGUAAAAAGUCUGUAACAUGUGAUGUCUGUGGAAAAGUCUUUAAGUACAUGCAUUUAAUGAAGAGACAUUACCGAUUUCACACAGGUGAGACACCUUACCAUUGCAACACAUGUGGUAAACGUUUCACGCAGAGUAGCAGUUUGAUUUUACACACCAGGAUUCACACAGGCGAAAAGCCAUAUGGUCGCAAAGCAUGUGGUAAACAUUUCAGUCAAUAUAAUGAUUGUCAUACAGGUGAGACGCCAUGUGGUUCUGAUACAUGUGGUAAGACCUUCACUCAAAGUAAUAACUUAAAGAAAUACUUGAGGACUCACGCAGAUGAGAGGCCGUACUUUUGUAAAGUAUGUGAUAAAACAUUUAUGAACUGGUCAUCAGUUCGAGAUCAUAUGAUAAUCCACUCAGAUGAUAAGCCAUUCUCUUGUGAGACAUGUGGGAAACGUUUCAGUCAGAAUUAUCCUUUGACUCUGCACAUGAGGAUUCACACAGGUGAGAAACCGUUCCCUUGCAAAGCAUGCGGGAAACGUUUUAAUCAAAGUGGUUCUUUGAAUAAGCACAUAAGGACUCAUACGGGUGAGAAGCCAUAUCGUUGUCACACAUGUGGAAAGACCUUCAAUCAAAGUAAUAAUUUAACACGGCACAUGAGGACUCACAGAGGUGGGAAGUUAUCAUCCUGAAAUUUCUGUGGGAAACAAUGUCUGGGAAGCUGAGCUUGAAAAGCAUGUCAUACUGUAGCAGACAGCUGAUCUAAUUAUUCUCUGAGUUGAGGUAAUAAACUACCAACAUUGUAAACAUAUUAACAUUUAAUUUGAAGAAGACAAAUGAGACAUUUUUGGUAGUUGAUUGCUGUCUGGGCAUAAUAUGCACUUUCAAUAAAUGGAGGGCAUGUUAUUUCCUUCUCCCUCCUCCUGUACAAUAAGUACAGGAGUAAAUAAGCCCGAACUCGAACUUUUUCGUUAUAGUGUACACAGAACAUUUCAUUUUUGCAACUGAUCAAAACAUAGCACGUACAAAUUAACAAACAACAAUGCCUUUUCUGUCACUUUCCCAUUUCUCAGUCUAUAGAAGUGCUCUGAAAUCACUGGCUGCUGCCAAGCCUUUUCUUGCAACACCUGUAAACAAAACAACCAUAAAAUCACUUAAAAUUAGUAAAUAAAUCGAAGACUAAUCUGUCAUUUAUGUUCAACUACAAAUAUUAAUUUUAUCAAUCCAAAUUUCCUACAUAAAACACCUGAAUCUCUUGGCUCUUUGGACAUCUGAUCUCUCUCCUCAUCUUCAUCAGAACUGUCGUCACUCUCUGAAAAUGGCUUCCUUGUCUUCAUCUCUGGAUGAGUCUGAAUGUGAAGAGCUUGCAGUGAUAUCCCCCUUCACUCUCAUACUCCCUUCCAUCCUUGUACUUGCAUUUCUUUUCCCAUAAAAAAUACCCAGCCAAAAUAGCCAAAUUUGAAAUAACUAUUGAAAUAUUCAAGUAUAAAAAUCUGUUCUAUUGUUGUAAUGUACAAACAAGUGCAUGACAUGAAUUAGCCUAACAACCACCAAGCCACUGUGCCACCCUCAAACACACAUGUAGAAUAUAAAUGUUGAAUGAGUGGAGCACUCAAGAUGAAACAUUUCUUUUUUUGCUCUCGCUCUUUUGUUGUGUGUGUGUAAACAGUGCUGUUAUAAUGUCUUUAUGUUGGUUUGUUAUUCAAAAAGUUAUGUUUUAAUGUUAUAAAAUACAUGUUCAAAAUA